UUUCUAAAGGGAAUCGGGGAUUUCGGAUUUUAGGGUUUGGAUACCAGGUUGGAUGACAUACACAUGACAUGGUGGGCCCCACAAGGGCAGAUAAUCUGUCUCUACAAGUCUUCAAAGGUUGAUUCAAGCAAAUUUAAAUGGCUUCUCAAAUGCCUAUGGCAAUUCAAAAUGAAAAUGUACACAUUCAUGGAGAAUGGCAUAAUAAGCAUUCUAUUUUCAGGAAAAGGUGCUAUUGGUGCAAAAGUGGGUGUGCCAAAACCUGAGCAGAAAGGGCGUAAGGAGCGAAAAGCUCUAGCAGAUCUUUCAAAGGCUGGAAAACCUUCAGUUUUCAACGCAUCAACCCCUUCUUUAAAGGGGAAAUUGGCCUCACGUGGCAAUGAGAGCACAAAGAAUGUUCCUAAAAGCUAUAUAUUGACUGAUGAGGAAAUAAAGCAAUGCAACGAAUGGGCCGAGGAAGGGAUAGAGCAUGUUUAUUUUUCGGGGAAUGACUUGAAUGCCCUUCUAAAAGAUGUUGAGGAAAAACGCGUGGAGAAGAAAGUAGAGAAAGUAAUGUCUGCCUUGAGUGGAUGGACUCAAAUGGCUUAUGGUCAGGAAAAUCCAUUAGGGGAAGCUGACAAAGUCUCUAAAGAUUUUAUGAAGCUGGAGUUGGAGCCAGAAAUGCUACCUCCUCUCAACUGUUCGCUGCCAAUUUCAGGUAAUGAAGAAACCAAUGACCUGUUUCCCGAAGAACACUUCUGUCUGCAGCUCUAUCCAGAUAUCAAGUUGAAGGAAGAAUACGAGGGAGAUGUACACUGCCUUUGAGACGAGCACAUCUUAGACCUACUUAUCGAUGAUUCGAUGAUUUUUCUCUUAUUCUGGGUUGAGCUUCAGGCUGUUGUUAUCCAUGUAUAACAUAAUGCGAAGGCUCACCAGCUGCAUUCCAUGUAAUGAAGAUUAUCACAUGCUCAUGCUCAUCUAUGCUGUACUAUUACCGUGGAGUUCUGAAUUGGAAUAGCAUAUGCUGCUCAGCUGAAUGAAUUCUUCCUUACCGGUUAUUUCUCUUGUUCUGUUUUGAUGUAUUCGUGCUUUUGCAUUUCAUAGGAUUAUAAGAGAUGAAGUUAGAUUUCA